UUGUUAUCUGAGUUGAAUUUUUUUGUUUUAUGAUAAAUUCUCACUAAUAUUUAUUUUGUUUAUCAGUAAUUAUUAGAUAUUAGCGUUUGUUAAUAAGACAGGGUGAAUAAUUUUUAAGGUUUCUUUUUUUUCUUCAUAUUGUAUUAUCCUGUAUAAAUUUUUAUAUAUAAUUGUGCAAUGUUUACAAGUAAGCAUUUACAACAUAAUUUUGUCGAUCAAUAUAGGUUACUUAUUUGUCCGUAUUGACCAGAUAACCUUGACAAAUAGAUUUUAGAAUGUACAUUUCAUCCUAUAUGAAAUUGGUCAAUUGAAUGUACUUUCAUAUCAUUAUCAAUGUUAACAAUCUUCUAAGUUCAAUUAAAACAAGAGGCUAUUUUCUAGCUAUACAAAUGUUCAAGUAAAUAAAGUACAUUUGUUUGCUUAAACUGAAAUCAUUGAAAUUUAUAAUGAUUUCACUUAUUCAAUUCUAUAUUUCAUUCUAAUAUUUUGUAUUACGUAAUGAUAAAACUUUAAUGGAAAACAACAACAACUUGAAAGUAUCAAAAGUGUAGUAUCAAAAUAUCAUUCACAUAAACUAAGUUGAGUACAUAAAUGUUUACUUAAUCAAUGAAUUACAUUUAGAUUACGGUAAUAAUUCAAUGAUUCUUUCUUACAGUUAACAAAAAAAAGUCUACUUAAACUUAUAAAAUUUUGUGAAUACUAUAAAGAUUAUGUUUGCUGGUCGGCGGCCUAUGCUCCAUUUGGAGUAACAGGCGUAAGUAAAUCAUUACAUAAUAUCAACGAAGAUUACUCAAUAUAAAUAACACAGAACAAGUAUACAUAUUUAUAUCUUAUGUCAACAUCACAAGGAUUUAUAAAAACUGUUAUGGUAUUAUUAGAAAGUACUAGUGGUUCAGGACAUUGUAUAGUUGGUUUUCGACCACGUCUAGCUACUAAUCGUAAAGAGAAAAUAGCAUUUGAUCCACUUGUUCAACAAAAUGUUUUAUAUCGUGAAUUACGCAAAAUACGUUCGUUGAAAAAAGCAGGAAGCUAAACUAUUAUAUAUAUAUAUAUACAUGUUAGAUAAAUACAAUGUAUAGUAAUUCUUUAUUUUAUUAUAAAUAAAUAAAUUUUCACUUCAUU